CUAACAUUUUUUAUAUGUAAAUCUCCAAUCGCUCAAUAGAAGACUAUAAAAAUCAUAACUACACUAACAAAUUACUUUUGAAGGCUUCAAAUAUUCAUAUGAAGCAAAAUGAAACAAUAUCACCAAUAAGAAAAAAAAGUAUGAUGGAUUCUAAUGUACCAUCAAUUUAUAACGAAACUGAUAGAAUAACUGAUAGAAUUAAGUUAUAAAUGAGAGAGAAGAAUAGAUCUUGUUGUAACAUGCCCGAUGAAGAUAAUUCAGAUUCACCUUAUUAGAAAUAUUCUUAAUUUAUCAUAAUGAAUCAGAAUGUUAAAUAACUUAUGAUAGGUAUUGAAAAGAAGCUAAAAAAUUUUAAAUUUGCCAAAGAAAAUGAUCACAAUUCAUGUGCAUCAAUAAUUGCUAAAAUGAAGUGUUUUUGCUUGGACAACUGUUGUUUCGAUUUUUAUCGUUGUACAGAUCUUAUCCUAUUAAAAUAUCUGAUUUAUUUACUAAUUUAAGAACUAAACUCAAAUAAGAUUACUGAUAGUACAAGUUCUUUAUUAGAACCUCCUCCUCCUUAAUUAAAGAAUUUAAUUAAGGAUGCAAUUUCAAUUAUGCAUGAGACAGUUGAAGAAUUAAAGAAUAAAUAAUUGAUAGAUAAAAAUAGUAAUAAAUCUAUUGAUUAACUUAAUAAAUAGAUUAAAAAGAUGUAAUAAGUUAUGGUAGGAUCAAACCAAAAUUUUGAUGUAUUUACUACUCCUUAAUCAAAUAUUAAAAAGGUUGAUUUACUUUUAAAAUAGUAAAGCGCAACUUAGAAAAGAGAGUUUAAUUAAACAUCUCCAUCUUUAAAUUCCGAGAAAAUUAUUCAAUUUUAGAUUGAUGAAUUAUCAAUGAAGAAUGAUUAAAUUUUAAAACUAAAUGGAAAAAUAAAGGAUUAAGAAUAAUAAAUAAAAGCUUUAACAUAAUAGUUAAGUGAAACUAAUUUGAGUUUACAAAUUUCAUAGAAAUCGCUUUAAAAUAAAGAAUAGGAGGUAAAAUUGUAUUUGAUAAAUAUGUUCUUAGAUGAAAGAUCUCAUAAAGAAAACAGACAAGUUAUUAGAAACUACAAGCCAAGCUGUUAAGGAUAAAGAUGCAUACUAAAAUACUUAUAAAUCAAUAAAGCAAGAUCAUGAUCAGUUAAAAUCUUUGUUUGAUGAUUUGUAUGAGAUUGACUUAUAAUAAUUUUAGGCAAAAAAGUAAUCAGAGUAUUAUAUAAGAGUAUCAUAUUUUGAAAUAAUCACAAAAUGAUUCAUAAAAUUCAUCAAUGCAAAAAUAUAAAUAAGAUGAGGAAACGUUUAAAUUAAAUCGUGAAAUGAUAGAUAAAAAUAAUGUGAUAGUAUAAAAUUGAAUUAUUUUAGUAAUAAUUAAAAGAGGAUGGAAUAUCGCUAGGUUUAUAAUUGAAAGAAAUUUCAAAUAAAAUUAUGCAAACUUCACCAGAUUAGCUUCCAAAGUCAUUGUAAUAAUUGUAAAGAGACUUAUAUUUGCAAGAAAGUAAAAUAAAUUAAAAACUAAAUAAUAUUUAAUAUGUGUAGAUAGAGUAAGAUAAAAGUUAGUCUAAUAAUAUGUAAAAAACAUAUCAAAAAUAAAUAAUAAAUUAGAGUCAACAACUUGAGCAGUUGAAAUCGCUAAAAAAUCAUUCAGACAUUAUGACUAUGAUUUUAAUUUAAUGUGAAGUAAUUGAGAAAUUUAUUAAUUGA